UAGCACACGCUCGAGCGAACCGGCCUCGUCUCGUACCCAGUUUCCACCGAUCAGCGUCCAUUCGUCGCUGUUGAUCGAGGCAUCGAGAUGAAAACAGAAACGAGAAUUUCCAACACGCUCGCGAAUCGACCAACGUGAAUUCGUUCGAAAAGAAGAAGAAGAAGAAGAAGAAGAAGAAGAAGAAGAAGAAAGGAAAAAGAAAUCACGUUUCUCUUCGCCUGUUCCUUCGCGUUUUUCUUCAUCUCCGGUGCACACACGUGACUACGUGGCUACUUCUUCGUGAAGGGGACGCAGUGUGUAGUCGUAAAGUGUCGAGGGGAGUCGAUUCUCUACGAAAAUUCUCUGCGAAAGUUCGAUGGUUCGGUCGGGAAAGUAGUCUAGAGUAGAUAGAAACGGAUGAAUGAGCGUGGGAUGCAUUGAGCUCGUAGUGGUAGGUCCUCUUCCGUUUGUUUGGAUCGUAGCGAGUGGACGCAUAAUAUAUUGCACACGACUCGAGAAUAGCUUAUGUGUCAAUCGUGCAUGACAAUUGUAUCGUAUCGAUCGAUUAACGAGACAAGGAGGUUAAUUAAGGAGCUUAAGUAAUUGUAUAGACCUUUGUCUAAUUUCAAUCGUAAGCUCUAUAUAUAUAAUUCUAUCCCAUCUAAUAAUAAGAUAAUUAACACCAAAGGUAAAGAGGGAAAAAUCUGUCGUAACAAAGAUUGAACAUGUUCUUCUAUCUCCUUCCUUGUCCAAAUUCUUCUUCUUUCUUUCGAAUGUAAAAUCUCGGGUUCAAAAGUCAAGGUUAAGGCCAAAGAUUUAUGCGUUCGAUAUACCCGAAACACGUCACGAGCCAUCGCGUUCACCUUUCGGCAUGAGUCCAAAGAUCGGACGUUUCGCGAGCAAGCCUGUUAAUCGUUCCUAUCGCUACAAUUAUUUCUCGUUUCCGUACAGUUGACUACUUAAAAAAAAAAAGAAAAAAGAAAAAAGAAAAAAGAAAAAAGAAAGAAAAAUCGGCGAGAUCUUGCCGAGAACGAUCCUCGAUGCAUCCUCCGCGAUCAAAGCCAAAAACGGAGUCGUGAUCCCGUGCGACAGUGUGCGAAGUGAAUAAAGCGACUGACACUCGGCCAGUGAUAAAUGCGGUUUAGAACCAGGACCAGACGCGCCUCGUGCCGGAAGUCGAUGGACUCGCGAAGCUGACGAAAGCUGAUCCACGUAGGCGAUCGUGUAAACGGUGCUCGUUCACCCGAUUGUUCACCCUUCUCUGUUUAUCCGAGCGAAGUGCAAGGUACACGCGAGUUCUCCGCUCUUUCACGGCCUUGCCGCUAUACACGGGGCAAGAAAAUGGCGCAUUUUCGACGACCAGCCAGGCGGGAGCACUACAAACCCUUUGGAAGGAGGAAGGGCUCGGCAGACUCGAACUACUCACAGCCGAGCUCGGAUCUCUCGCUGGACGAGGAGAAAGAGAGCUUGCGUCGUGAGAAGGAGAGGCAGGCCCUCAAUCAACUUGAAAAAGCCAGGACGAAACCGGUAGCGUUUGCAGUGCGGACCAAUGUGAGCUAUGACGGAUCCGUCGACGAUGAUUCGCCGGUCCAUGGCUCGGCUGUCAGCUUCGAGGUUCGCGACUUCCUGCACAUCAAGGAGAAGUACGACAACAACUGGUGGAUAGGCAGGCUGGUGAAAGAGAACUCGGACGUCGGUUUCAUCCCAUCCCCGGUGAAGUUGGAGGCCCUGAGGCAGCAGGCGAGCGCUGCACGUGGUACAAAGGGUCUCUACUCGGCGCGUGGAGGGUCUUCAGGGAACCUUGGCGAGAGUGGUAUGCCCUCACGUGGUUCCACACCACCUACACCAGGUGACGACAGCGACAGCGUGCGGGGCGGUAAGGCAACGUUGACCACACCACCGGCCAAGGAGAAAAGGAAGAACUUCUUCAAGAAGCCGUCCUACGAAACGACCACACCUUACGACGUUGUACCAUCCAUGAGGCCUGUCGUGCUGGUCGGUCCAUCGUUGAAGGGUUAUCAGGUCACGGAUAUGAUGCAGAAGGCGUUGUUCGAUUACUUGAAGCACAGGUUCCGAGGCAGAAUAAUUAUCACUAGGGUAAUGGCGGACAUUUCAUUGGCAAAGAGAUCGUUACUCAACAAUCCAACGAAACGAGCGAUCAUGGAACGAUCCACGAGCAGGAGCAGCUGUUUGGCCGAGGUUCAGGCCGAGAUCGAGAGGAUUUUCGAGCUCGCCAGAACCCUUCAGUUGGUAGUGUUGGACUGCGACACGAUCAAUCACCCGUCUCAAUUGGCGAAGACCAGUCUGGCGCCGACGAUCGUCUACCUGAAGAUCUCCUCGCCCAAAGUGCUCCAGAGGUUGAUCAAGUCGCGGGGGAAGUCGCAGAUCAGACACCUGAACGUGCAGAUGGUGGCCGCCGAGAAGCUGGCCCAGUGCCCGCCCGAGAUGUUCGACGUGAUCCUGGACGAGAAUCAGUUGGAGGAGGCUUGCGAGCACGUGGCAGAGUACCUGGAAGCAUAUUGGAGGGCCACGCAUCCCCAAGUGAUCCCGGCCGUCCCACGUCCUAUUCCUGCACCGGAUGCACCGGUCGACGUGCUCACACCCCGCGUCACAUCAGGACACAGCGGUGGACACGUGAGCGAGGGGAGCCGGAAGUCGAGGCUGGAGAGGAUGGAUCGUGAUCGGGGCGAUCGUGGUGAACACGACUACGGCAACGAGGAGGAAUCGUACGUCAGUGGCGUCGAUUACGGGAGCGCAUCUAGGCGUCGCCAGCAGCAAGACCCGCGCGCAUUGAACGCCAUUUAGGAGCUGGGGCCCCGGGGCCUGUCGCUACAGCGCUGUCCCCACCUGCGCACCACUGCUCUUUAGUGGGGUACGCCACCUGGUACGCUACUGAACGUACGAAAAACGUGCUUUUUACGCUACCGUAGCGAAGAAAACGAGCAAAAAAAAAAAAAAAAAGAAAAAAAAGAAAAAUAAUAACAAUAAUAAUAAUAAUAUUUGCCGCUCUGGUCUGUUAGUGGGGUUUCUUUCCUGUCUGCUACCCGUUCAGAUGGUUCAUUUCGUUCGAAUCGCUAUUUACAAUGGUAGUUAGUUAAACCCUUCCUUGUUGUUCGUAAUUUAAAUCCCACGAUUUGAUCAUAGAUAUUAUAUCGCCCUUUCGUUCACGAUUUGUAUUCAGCGUGCGUUUGUUGCACGUAUGUACUUUAUUACGCAGAAUAUUUCUUCUUUAAUAAUCAAUUUUGUUAUUUACGUUCUUUACGUUUCUCUCGGAUAAUAUCGGAUCUCGAGAGUAGUUCUUAUUAUGUACGUACAAUAGAUAGAUACACCGCAUCGUUGAACGCCAUUCGUUAACCGAGAUUAAGCGUGUACGCUACCGUAGAGAUAUCGUAUCUUAUUUUUACUUUCUUAUCGUAUCGUAGUGGAGAAAGUUGGUAGAAGAAGUUUCGUUCAAGUUUCCAUUGUUCUUGCUUUCGUUCCUAUUUUGUUGGAUUGUUGAGACAAUUAGCGAUACGCGUGCACGCUUGCCCCACUUGUUUUCCACCAGAUCUAUCUUUUUUUCCACUGUUGCGAUUUGUCGAUUUAUACGCGGAGCUUUCUCUGAAACCGAUAAUUAACGUGAAUUAGCGUGAUUUCUUUUUUUUUCUUUUUUUUUUUUUCCAAUGAUAUGCAAGAUAUAUGGCGUAUCAAAUCGUAACAAAGUAACGUGUCUAUAGUGGCAGACACACGCACACACACAAACAUGUAUACACACACAUAUGUAGAUUCUAUUUUCUUAAUGGUUUAAUCUCGAUUAAAAGAAAAGAAACCUUGAUUGAUUUCGUAAUUAUAUCGUUUCUAUAUUAUAUUAUAUACUCGUAGACACAUCGUAGACACAUCCUGUUCUAGAAAGAGAUCGAGUAAAAUGGCUUUAUUCCGUUCCCCCUCGUUUUACAGAAUUUUCUUUAGAUCAGUUUAUGCAGAGUUUUGUGAGUUGAGUUGUUGUGUGAAAGAGAGAGAAAGAGAGAGAGAGAGAGAGAGAGAAUGGUGAUGGUGGAUGGUGGCCAACGAAAACUUUCACGAGAAAAUUUUUUCCAACAGGAAUUCCGUAAAACGAUGGGCGGGUUGAUAAUCGAAUGUCCUUGUCGAUGAAGGUACGCACAGGAUAAAUCCCCCAUUCGCGGAGCCAGCUCAACGAGAUGAGUAUGUACACAGAGAACAAACCAAAGAAAAUUAUAUACAGAAUCAGAGAGAGAGAGUGAUAAGAGAGGUAUUAAGAUUAUAUUACAUACGAGUGUGAGGGAAAAAAAAAAAAAAGAAUGAGAGGAAAAAAGAGCCCUGGGGCCUUAAUUUUUUGCGCUGACUCCUCCUGGGCCCCUAUACCCACCCCCACGAGAAUCACAAGAUUUUUUAAGAUCGAUGAUUUAUAAGAGAAAUGCUCGUGAAUCGGCAUCGGGUCUUUGUUAAAAAAAAAAAAAAAAAAAAAAAAGAAACGCCACGAGAUGUUCGC